AUGGAUUUAUAUAAAAAGUUGACAAUAUUUGUGGGAAUUUUUAGUUUGAGUGUGGUCUAUGAUGAAACCUUAGAUCCUGUAGACCUUCUAGAUGAAGCUCAUCGGAAUAUAAUUGUCAGAUCUGCAACCUGCAUAUUACAAACCGAAACUGAUCCGAUGGAGUUGAUAGAUUCAUUACCUCCAAAUAUUGAAGGCCUAACAUUUAUCCAAGCUUAUCAGUCAGGAAAUAAAACAAUCAAAUUUAGCUGGUUAAGUAAAUUCGAGAAACUUAUUAGUCUUGAAUUAAUUGGGCCAUCAGUUUUUCAUAAGGAUGUUACUAACCAUCUACUCUGUCAUAUAGACGAUGCUUUAGAUAAUUUAAAUUAUUUGAAUUUAGAACGAGUUUUGGUAAAAAAUUCUAAAGAACAAAUACAAUCAUUUUUGGAAGUAAUGAAAGAAAGUGAAAAUAUUACUUUUGAAUAUGUUCAAAAAGUUGAUGAAAGUCUUCAUCCAUUGACGUUGAUUCAGAAAAGCUCAUCAAAUGAAGAAAUUGUGCCUUUUGAGGUUUUUAAAGAGCAACGAUCUAACAAUGGGGAAAUACCUUUAUUUAUUGGCUUCAAUAAGCUUUUUCUUUUGAGAAUAACAAAUUGUGAAUUAAAUAGCAUUCACUGGGAAAUGUUUGAUGGGCUCAACGAGCUACAAUAUCUUAUUUUAGAGAGAAACAAUUUUACAUUUAUGCCUGCUUUUGCUUUUUAUGGUACUCCCAACAUUAAAAGUCUCUCACUUGCUCAUAACAAACUUCUAGAUAUUGAAAUUACUGACUUAGCAGGGUUGUUGCAACUAGAAUAUUUAGAUCUAACUUAUAAUAAUUUUACUCAACUAUCGGAAUUGUCUUUCCCACCUUUUCCCAAACUAAAGUUAGCUAAUUUUGCAAACAAUCCCAUUGAAAUAAUUUUUCCAAAUACUUUUGAAGUGAUGAAUACAACUGACUCACUUAUUAUUGGCAGUGAGCAUGUUACUUUGAAACUUUUACCAAAUUCAUUCGCAGGCCUUCGCAUGCUUAAAACAUUGACUGUCAAUAAUGUUAAUGUUUAUUUAUUGAAAAGAGACCUUUUUGUUGGAAUGCCUCAAUUAAAGCAAAUUAUUUUGACAGGAAAUAUUAGUAAAAUUGAGUUUGAUGCUUUUCAGGAAAUAGCCAAUUUAGAAACUUUAAUUUUAAGUAAUUGUAGGAUUUAUAAUAUAUCUAUGGAUGGGUUUAUGGGUUUAACGAAGCUUAAAUAUCUAGAUAUUUCAAAAAAUCAUCUCGAAUAUAUCCCGACAGGGGUAUUUGAUGAUUUGGAAAGCCUAAGGGAAUUAUAUCUUAAUGGAAAUAAAUUCAAGACUCUUCCUAGAGACAUUUUUUCAAGAGUACAUCCCAAAUUGUUGAGGAUUAAUGAAAAUCCAUGGCAUUGUACAUGUGAAAUGAGUGAAUGGAAACCAAUAAUCGCCAGCAGAAUAAAACACAAAUCUUUAAAACCAUGUGAAUUUGUUCAUGACAAAGGUAUAGGGUGUGCUAAUAUAGAAAAUAGAUUUGAAAUUAAAUACUCAUAUGAUACAAGAGUAUCUCCCAAGUGCGCUGAACCAGAACAAUAUAAAAAUUGGAGUGUCUUUCAUGCAAUGAAAAAAAUUUUCAAAUGUCCCGAUUAUAGACCCAAAAUAAUGCAAUAUGUGAAGAAUAAAAACGUUACAUCUUUAACAACCUUAAAUGAGACUAUUAAAAACUACGAUGCAGCAACUACAUCAAAAUCAAUACUGACAAAAGCUGAAAGGCAAAAAUUGAAAGUAAAAUUGAGAAAGACUAAAUAUUUAAAUUAUAAACUCAAAAAGCAUGCUCUUUUAACUCACCAAGUUAAAGUUGAAGACAUUGAUCCUGAAAGCCCGCCACAAGCAAGUGAUAUGGAUAAUGAUUUAAAUAAUAUUAAAAUUAAUUCUAUGGAAUUGAAUGAUUUGGUGAAUAAUAAAAUAAACCCGUACCCUCCAAGAAAAUUUUAA